AUGUUUAACCUCACCAAGACCCUUGUCGCCACUCUGGCUCUCGUCGGCCUCGGAGCCAGCAGCCCGGUCUCCCUGGACAAGCGCCUGCCCGGCCGCGUCGUCAAAGCCGGCGAGCCCGUAGUCAUCGAUACCAACAGUCACUAUCUCCGCGUCAGCUUCAUGAACGACGGCAGCUUGAUCGGAGGCUAUGGCGCAACCGAAGGCGACACGAAGAUAAUGCGAGUCGUCAAGUCUACCGACGGCGCGCAGUCGUGGCAGCACAUUGGCGAAGUCUUCCGCGGCGCAGUUGCCAAGCACGACAUGGACAACGCGUUCCCUCUCCAGCUGCCCAGCGGCCGAAUCCUGUACGCCUACCGCAACCACGACCGCACCGGAGCGGACCUGCACUACACCUACUUCCGCAUUUCCGUCUCCUACUCCGACGAUGGCGGCAAGAACUUCAAGUACCUUUCCACCGUCGAGGAGCAUGUCCCCAGUGGUGUCAACGGACUAUGGGAGCCCUUCCUCCGUAUCGCCAAGGACGGCACUCUGCAGUGUUACUACUCUGCCGAGAACUCGGCUGAUGACCAGGACAACUUCAUGAAGUACUCCAAGGAUGGAGGCCAGACUUGGUCCAGCUGGGUCAAGGUCUCUGGUGGAGACCGUCUUUCUCGUGAUGGCAUGGUUGGUGUUGCGCCCAUCGACAACAACGGAAACCUGAUUGCCGUGUUUGAGCACACAAGAGAGGGCAGAUUCAACGUCGACUAUGUCCUUUCUCAUGACGACGGCUACAGCUGGGGAGAGCGUGGAAGCUUGUACACUGCCCGUGAUGGCAAGCUCUCUGGUGCCCCUCAGGUCUACAAUGUGUGGGGCACGUUGGUGGCUAGUUUCAUGACCAACGAGGACGUCGAUGUCGGAAAGGGGUACAACAAUGGUCAAAUGAAGGUCAUUACAAGUACCGAUCAAGGCAAGACAUGGAGCGCCAGCGUUGUCACGGGCGAGGCUGAAGCUCACUGGCCUGGAGUCUUCAACCUCGACCCUACGCACUUCUUGGCUCUGUACUCGAGAGAGGGUCUCGGUCUUGUGAGUCAGAAGUAUGAGCUAGUGAACUAG